CAGAAUGGUUUUCACUUCCCUAGAUAAACAUAACGACGCAGAGGAGUGGACUCAUAGAAAAGCAUGUAUCCGCACCUGCUCUUUGGUGUCUUUUUAGCACACUUUAUUUUUCCAAUGGAAGCUUCGGCCCAUAUUCACAGACCGAGAGUAACAUUGACAGAAAAAGAUGUGAAAUUCCCAAGAGUCUUCCUGAAGGAAAGCAACACUCACAUGAAGUUCCUCCAGGGCCAUAACACAGUAUAUGCUGCAGGCAACACACAGGUUUACCAGACAGACUUUUACAGUCCUCACCCACAAAGACAGAGUUUUGUGUUUCGAGAGGAAUGUAUUCAUUCUACAUCAACAGACUGUCAGUAUAACAUCACUGUUUUACACAAGAGUAAAAAUGCAAACCAACUGUUCCUGUGUGGAACCAAUGGAGAACAUACACUGUGCUGUAAUGUGGAGUCAACAGAUUUUAAGUGCACUCGAUCCAAGGAUUUUCGGAAAAUUGAUCAACACAUAAAUGAAAAUGAGCCAACACUCCUCAUUGAUCAUUCUGAAGCAGAGGAGUUCUAUGCCACUCAGUCUGGCUCAGAGAUCACAGCAGGAAUCCGCAGGUUUGGAAAGAACCAAGUCUGGUCAGAAAACAGUGGAACAGAGCAGAAAUACAUUGGUUUGGUUGCUAGUGGGAAGAGAGAGGAAAGCCUGCAGGACAGAUUAUACGCCUUCUACAUAGAGAAGAACAGAGACCAGAGUGGGAAGUCUGAUACCUGGUUUCCUCGGGUUGCCCAGAUUUGCAUGGCUGAUCGUGGAGGACCUAAGACCGUUCUGCAGUUCAAAUGGACCUCCAAGCUGAGCGCCAGGCUCUUUUGUGGAGACCCUGAGAGAAAGUUGUACUUUACCGACCUAGUGGAAGUGACCACUGUUGUGGCAGACAGGUGGCAGGACACCAGGGUCUACACACUCUUCAAGAAUGCCUGGGGUACAAGAGCUGUUUGUGUCUACAGCAUGGGAGAUAUUAACCACGUCUUUAAAACCUCCAACUUCCAAGGAAUCACAGAACCCAUUCCAAAGCCACGACCCGGGGAGUGUGUUGCAGACAGUACGCUACUCCCAACAGAGGUCCUGAUGAAGGUUAAAACUAAUUUAGAGAUGGAGGAGUGGGUGGGAAACAAUAAUCGGCCUCUCUGGGUCACUCACCAUCAUUAUAACCACAUCAUCGUGGACAGUGUCCAAGGCAAAGGGAAUGUCCUGCUUUUGUCUCUAGAGAAUGGAAGGAUUCAUAAGGUUCUGGAAAGCAAUGGUCAGGCCUUUAUCAUUGCAGAGAUUCAACCUUUCAACAACAAAGCAUCCAUCCUCAGCAUGUUGCUAAAUUCCUCUACAGUGAGUCAAGAAACACAGCCCACACCUACACAUCUCCAAUGUGAUUCAACAGUGGCUGCUUCAAAGAAGCUGUACGUGGGCACCAGCAGAGAGCUGGUUCAGAUUGACCUGGUUAGCUGCAUGCAGUAUAAAGACCGUUGUGAGGACUGUGUACAGGCCAGAGACCCUUACUGUGGCUGGGAUGGCCAUCAAUGCACCACAGCUACAAAUAAUACAAUUCAGGACGUGGAUAAUGGAAAUCAUACGAUAUGCAAGAGCAAUCAGGCUACUUCAAGUAAAGUGGUCUCUUCAAAUCUAGUGAGAGUUCCUCAGUCUUCAAAGUAUUUCCUGCAGUGCCCGGCCCGGUCCAACCACGCUGAAUACAACUGGGGACACCGUUGCAACAAUACGGGAACAAUUUGCACCUUUAUUGAGUCAGAGCACCAGUAUGUCCUGCUUAUAGAGAAAAUGGAGACUGAGCAAGAGGGAACAUACACCUGUGUAUCUGAGGAGGGAGGCUACACAAAAACCCUGGCAAUGUUCACUGUGAAGCUGGACAGUGGGGCCACAGGCCUGGCCUCUUACUACACAGCCUGGUUUUGGGUUGUCCUAACACUUGUCCUGGUACCGCUCUGAUAGACAGCCUGGCUCCAUGUCUAUUAAGGCAGUCUCUGGCAAUCUGUCGAACUGACUUAUUUCAGCUACACUGCUUGGAUGUGCUAACAGUAAUCUGCAUUGUCAAGUGCCCUGUACACAUCAGUAUGCAUGUCAUUACUACGUACAAGUUGUCUGAAUAAUUUGGACCCUGAAACAAUUUUCACAAAGUUGUCUCUGUACACCACCACAAUGGAUUUGAAAUUAAACAACCGAGAUGCGA